AUGUAUUUUGCCCUCCUCACCAGCCUGUUCUUCUCGCUCGCAUUGGGUACGCCCGCUGACCCGCCUUUACCAACAACAACAACAACAACAACGAUAGCCGGUGUGACCCUCCCCUACUCAACGGAACACGAAAUCCGUUGCGCCAAAGACAACAAAAGCCCGCUCGUUAGCUCCGCCAUCGUCAACUUCUGCGCCGGACCGUAUGGCGAAGGCGUCUUUAUGCCCUCCAACUGGGCGAGCUCGUCGCACUACAGCGAUGCUGCUCUUAACAGCCAUUUCGGAAAAUACAUGGCAGUCCGCGUGAAUGCUGAGAAUUGCAAAAAAUGGAACGAUGAAGAGGACGCUUGGAAAGCCGAUGCGAUGAGUGUAGAGAGCUGCAGGAAGCAGUUUUUCAAGCGCGCGGAAGAGUUCUGGGUUGAGUGGCGCUGA